CCGCCGAACGACAGGAUGAAGGUUUCGCUGUACAUAAUACUAAUCUCGAUCUUGCUCAGCAAGCAUUACGCGUUAUCGCACAUGAUCAGGAAACGGCAGCUCUUUCGCGAGCAAGUGCUACCGCAUGCUGGAGGUAAGAUACCGGACUCGGCAUUUUUAACCGAUCGUUUGGCGCUGAACCGGCUGCAGAAGGAUGGUAUCGCUGUGCCGGACGGGGUACUGCUCGAGCAGCGUCAGUACCAGGUGUACCCGCACCAGCAUCGCACGGCCCGGCCAACGUUCCGUGUCGUCCAAACGCCGGACAAUCGGUACAUCUCACCGGAGGGCGAGUACAGCCACAAUGCGCUGGCGACGGUCGAUACGACGUAUUUGAUACCGCACGCCGGUGACAAAUUGUUGCUGCAUGAUCAUCCCCACUAUCGCCAGCCGCACUACACCGUUCCGAAGGCACCGAUCCUGAAGGAGUUCCGGUUGCCGAACUAUGCGCUGUUUAACUUCGACUACAAAAAGAAGAAAGCACACGUGGGGACGGUGGGGCCCAAUGUGUCGUACAAACACUGGAAUCUUCCACUGAAGCUGGACGGUGGAUGGCCCCAGCGAUUACCUCAAGAAUUCGUGAGCUACCAUGCAGCUGUCGGUAAUGGGCACAAUUAUCCAUCAGCCCAUUCUGUACCGGUGUCGUACGGUAGUGAUGUUGGUGGCAGUGUCGGCACGGGAAGCGGCUGGAAUGGUGGCUGGGUACCGUCCACCGGUGGCAGUGCAUCGGGCGAAUCGUUCGCACCGCAACCGCUUGGCAGUUUCGAGGACUAUUACAGUCAGUUGAACGAUAAGCACCGCUUCUACCGAAACGUGGGCGAACGGAGCGUGGGACCGAGUCCGGCACCGAAGCCCAGCACCAUAUUGCACCGGGAUCGUCAACGUGACCAUCCGCAACGCCAUCAAGCUUAA